GUAUGUGGGGAGGGGAGGGGAGGGGAGGCGGGUCGGGGAGAACUUUGUUUUGCGGGACCGUGGACUUAGCAUCUGUAACUUCCAAAUUGAACCAAUCCUCCCUCAGUCCACCUUCGAGACCCGGGUCUGGCCCCAACCCCCUGUGCUGUCGGUGUGUAUUGCUCGUCCCCAUGUGACCGCGUGACAUUCCCGGAGCUCCGGUUCGAUCCCACAGAGGAGCGGUCCCACAGACAGAAGAGGUGCGUUCAUUGCCCGCCGGAGACUGCAGGAGCUCUGCUGAUCGGAAUGGCCGUUGUUCAACGCGCCGCGAUGCUGCAGAAAUGUGGACUGCCUCUCGUGAGGAUGGGAUUGCGGCAACUGCAUGUCUCGGUGAGCUCCGCAUCGAGAAGCCACCAUGAGGUCUUGGUCCUUGGAGGUGGCACGGGAGGAAUUACCAUGAGUGCACGGAUGAGGUGGAAAGUCGGCGCUGGAAGAGUGGCUGUUGUUGAGCCGAGUGAGAAACACUACUACCAGCCCAUAUGGACACUGGUCGGAGCUGGAGCAAAGCCCCUGAACAUGUCAGGGCGCCCAACAGCCAGCAUCAUCCCUUCCGGGGUCACCUGGAUCAAGUCCAGAGUUCAGGAAUUGGAUCCGGACAAGAAUCUUGUCCGAACUGAAGAUGGGAAAGAGCUCACUUACAGAUACUUGAUUGUUGCUUUGGGAAUAGAGCUACAUUAUGAAAAGAUUAAGGGGCUUCCCGAAGGCUUCAAUUUUCCCAGAAUUGGCUCCAACUACUCGGUGAAUUUUGUUGAGAAAACCUGGCGGGCACUGCAGGAUUUUGAGGAGGGAAACGCCAUCUUCACUUUCCCCAACACACCGAUCAAGUGUGCCGGUGCUCCACAGAAGAUCAUGUACCUCGCCGAGCACUACUUCCGCAAGAUGGGAAAGCGAUCCAAGGCAAACAUUAUCUACAACACAUCCUUGCCGGUGAUCUUUGGAGUGAAGAAAUACGCAGAUUCGCUUCUGGAGAUUGUCAAAGCAAGGAAUAUAAAUGUGAAUUACAGAAUUAACCUGAUUGAAGUUCGCCCAGACAAACAGGAGGCUGUGUUUGAACUGUUGGAUUCUCCAGGGGAAACCAAGAUGUUCCAGUACGAGAUGCUGCAUGUCACCCCUCCGAUGGGCCCUCCCGACGUGGUUCAGAAGAGCGCCCUGGCUGACGCAGGGGGCUGGGUUGAUGUCGACAAAGAGAAUCUGCAGCACAAGAAAUACCCCAAUGUGUUUGGCAUCGGGGACUGCACCAGCCUGCCCACGUCAAAAACGGCCGCAGCUGUGGCUGCACAGUCUGCAAUCCUCAGCAACACUAUAUCAAUGGUCAUGAAGAACCAGAAGCCAAUAGGCAAGUACGAUGGUUACACGUCCUGUCCAUUGGUUACCAGCUACAACAAAUGUGUGUUGGCAGAGUUUGAUUAUGAGGGUCAACCACUGGAGACUUUCCCGUUCAACCAGGGCAAGGAGCGGAGGAGUAUGUUCCACAUGAAGGCAGAUGUCAUGCCUAUUCUCUAUUGGCACGCUCUCCUCAAGGGACUGUGGGGAGGUCCUGCCCCUCUGAGAAAGCUGAUGCACCUUGGCACCAAGUAGAAGAUAUAUGGUGAAUGGACUCACCCACUGAUACUGGGGUUUUGCACCAUUGACACCAUCCAUUAACAUUAGCAUUUCAUACUCAGUUUGUGAAUGCCCGGAUCUAAUCUUACCCCUAGUCUGGUUCAGUAAAAGAAACUGUGGAACACUGAA